GAAGAGAUCGAUCAAACGAGAGAUCCGAUCAAUCAAGAAUGGCAGAAGAACUAGUAUUGGACACAGCGAUCAGAGACUGGGUACUAAUCCCCCUAUCAAUCGUCAUGGUUCUCAUCGGAAUCCUCCGUUACUUCGUUUCCAAGCUCAUGCGCACCACUCAAUCACCAGAUGCCAAAAUCAUCAAAGAAGGGCAGGUUGUAAUUAGGGCUCGAAACCUUCGAGCGGCUGCUGGAUUUAUUCCGCUUAAGGCGUUUCGUGCUCGGAAAGUUUAUUAUACCAAUGAGGAAAACGGUUUACUUCAUGUUCCCAAGGGCCAGGCUCAGAAUCCACAGGCACAAAUGUUCUCUGAUCCGAACAUGGCUAUGGAUAUGAUGAAGAAGAAUCUUUCGAUGAUCAUACCGCAGACCCUCACUUUUGCAUGGGUUAACUUCUUCUUUUCCGGAUUUGUAGCAGCAAAGAUACCGUUUCCACUGACUCAGAGGUUUAGAUCCAUGUUACAAAACGGGAUUGAUUUGAGUACCGUUGAUGUCAGCUAUGUCAGCAGUCGUUCUUGGUACUUCCUUAAUUUGUUUGGACUGAGAGGUCUGUUUAGUCUUAUUCUCGGAGAGGAAAAUGCUACAGACGAUACACAACGUAUGAUGCAAAUGAGUGGAUUUGGCUUUGAUCCAUCCAAGAGUUUGGGUGCUGAAAAAGAUGGUCUGGACAUAGUUCAGCAUGAUUGGGUCCUUCCAAAAUUCGAGCAGCGGGCUCAAGCCGUGCUUAGAAAACGCCUUAGCAGCUAAAUUACUAUACACGUGUUGAUGCUGACUAGCGGCUGCAAAGUUUUGGUCCACCUCUUCUUCUACAGAUGAUUGCAGAUGUGGUCCGCAGACUGCGGACAUUUUACCUCUUAAAAACAAGUUGCACCUAAAUAAGCUAUAUAUUAACAUUUGAUGUCCAUUUAUGAAUAUUAGUAAUACAUGAUUUAUUGGUAACAAUUCAAGGUUUAUAUGAUUUCCAAAGAUAAUAUAUUCAAGACUUACAGUUUA